AGGAUUAAUUGGAACUCUUCAAAAUGUCGGGUGUAGUUCCGUCAGCCUCUGAGCAGCCUGCAGGUGAAACAGAAAAUCAGAUAAAAUCUCCAGAUCCCAGGCCUGAUGCCCCUCCUGACUACAGUACUCAUUUUGUAGUGGGGCCCCCUGGACCAGCUGUCCCUCCACCUGCAGGCUACCCAGGAGGUUUGCCUAUGGGAUACUACAGUCCACAGCAGCCCAGUACUUUCCCUUUGUACCAGCCAACUGGUGGUACCCAUCCUAUCCAAUAUCAGCCUGGCAAAUAUCCUGUGCCCUAUCAGUCUGCUCCAAUAACAUGGAUGCCAGGGUCAAUUCCUAUGCCAAACUGCCCUCCUGGUCUGGAAUGCUUAGCACAGCUGGAUAACAUACAUGUUCUUCAGCAUUUUUGUCCUCUGGAAAUGAUGACACAUUUUGAAACUAAUAAUAGAUAUGAUAUUAAAAACAACUCAGACCAGAUGGUUUACAUCGUAACUGAAGACACAGAUGACUUUACCAGGAAUGCUUAUCGGACACUAAGGCCCUUCGUCCUCCGGGUCACUGACUGUACAGGCCGAGAAAUCAUGACAAUGCAGAGACCUUUCAGAUGCACCUGCUGUUGUUUCUGUUGCCCCUCAGCCAGGCAAGAGCUGGAGGUGCAGUGUCCUCCUGGAGUCACCAUUGGCUUUGUUGCAGAACACUGGAACCUGUGCAGGGCAGUUUACAGCAUCCAAAACGAGAAGAAAGAGAAUGUGAUGCGAGUGCGUGGGCCAUGCUCAACCUAUGGCUGUGGUUCAGAUUCUGUUUUUGAGGUCAAAUCCCUUGAUGGUGUGUCCAGCAUCGGCAGCGUCAUCAGGAGGUGGAAUGGCAUGUUGUCAGCGAUGGCAGACGCUGACCAUUUUGACAUUCACUUCCCACUGGAUCUGGAUGUGAAGAUGAAAGCCAUGGUCUUUGGAGCCUGCUUCCUCAUCGACUUCAUGUAUUUUGAAAGAUCUCCACCACAACGUUCAUCAAGAUAGAAGGAUACAACAAAUCAUCAAUUACGGUUAAUCAAAAAAUUGGAAAACUUGGAUUAGGUUUAGAGUCAACCCUCAAUUGUUUGCAAGUAUAUUUUCUGCUUUGCAGAUUAUUUUUAUUGGGUGCUAGCUUUGACAGAUAGGCUGAGUGUGUGAGUACAAGAACACAGCCUAAAUGUGUGUUUCAAUUGAGUGUCUGUCCACUUAGUAGACAAGGAGUUCUUCCUGAAAAGCUGUUACUCAUUGACCAAGUAAACAUACACAAAAUAAGCUUGAAAACACUAUAAGCAUGAGAUAAGGGAAAAUGAGUCCUAGAGCUCUCACAUUAAUAGGUAGUGAAAUGGUGGGCUCUUUAGAGCAAUCUUUGCAGUGACACAGUAACAGGACUUCUACCUGUAACAGUCUCUUACCUCUCUCCAUCAACAGGUCCUCUUAGACAAACUUGAUUCCAGGUGAAAAGAUUGAUACUAUUUAAAAACAAAAAGGAAGGCCCACAGCAACAUUAUAUUUUAUUGUACAAGGAAAAUUUUUACUUGUGUACAGAUAUCAAAUCUAUUUUGCCAAGUUUAUAAAAGUUUCAAUGGGAAAUUUGAUUUUAUAACAAAAUAAAGCAUGUAUGUUUUUAAUUAUAAGGUUUAUAUUUUCCAUGCCUGUUUCCUCAUUCCCUGGCAUGGACAAUAAGGAGCUGCCUAUAUAUGAAGGCAGGAUCAGACUAUCAGGAAAGGAGCUGACUGAGGCCACAGCCAGUCACAAUCUUGAGCAAUUUAGAGAUAUCAGUAAGAAGAUUGCAUUUAAUACAUUUAUAUAUAAUACAUUUAUACAUUUAAUACAUAACCUCUCUUGGUCACAGAUGCCUUAUAUAUAAAAUAUGUUUGGCUGCAUCUCUAAGAUUGCGUAUUGAACCUUUGUGUCUUAUUUGAUGUGAUGCAGAAGAGAUCAUUGUUUUUUCUUUCAAGAAGAUCCAUGGUGAUUGCCGUGCUGUUCUAAUGGCAAGACACGGGGUUAUGUAUGUUUUAAAUUUUGAAAUGUGGCAUUUUCUGUAGCACUUUAUAAGAGCAAAAGCUGAAAAUUCUAACACUGUUUAAAACUGCUUUGCUGCUUUUUUUAUUUACAUGAUAGGCAAAUAUGUGUCUACACAAAGAAAAUAACAAAACACAGCAAAGAUGCUACUUCUCUGAUCUACAGCUUAUCAGUAAAGACUACGUAGGACCAGGUAAAGAGUAUCAAUUGUGCUUGUUUGUAUAACUAAUUAAAAGCACAGUGUAUAAGUGAAUACACUCUGAUUAACUUGCUCCCACUGCACUUUAGCUUCUAACCAGGACAUGGACUGUGUUCUUUCAACACAGCCUGUACGUCCAGUGGAAUGUAUUCUUCUUCUGCGCCUUAUUAAAGAAAGAAGGCCUCAGUGUCCUAGGUGGGGUUAUUCUGAGAUUUGGGCCUUAGCCCACAGUUCUUUUUGAAAUGAAAGAAAGGUGCCUCGUUUUUUAAUUAUAUUUAUCUUUUCAUGGUUAAAGUUGUUUUACUCAGUUUCUUGUAAUAUUCAUUUUUACAUGCUGCUACUAGCGUUUUUUUUUUUUAAAGUAAAGCUGCUGCAUUCUAAAAUAAUAACUGCCUUAUAUUUGAAAAUGCAAUUGCAAUCUUACACAGACAUAUGUAUUUUCUAUACUGAUGUCUGGCAUUUAAUAUAGAAAAUCAGAUAAGUAGUAUUCACAAAGUUUAUCUUUUUUUUAUUUUUACUUGCCUACAUCCCUGUAUUCCAAGACCUGCUGCAUAAUACUAAUAUAUGUAUAUAUAUUUAGCUUUGACUUGACAUUUUAAAUCUCCAUUUAAAAGUUUUUGUGAUAUUAACAUGCCUCUUACAGUUACUAUUUCUCUUUUCUUAAAAAAUGUCAUGUCAUAUUUUUAUACUACAAUUCAUAUUAUAAUUCCUAUAUUUCUUAAUGGUAUUUCAUUGUGUAAACUGAUCAGGUUGAUUAAAAAACAAACAGAAGCUA